CAUCACCUCCGUGACAACUCUCACAUGUUCCAUUCUCUCGCCCUGCAAAUUUACACACAGUGUCUGUGAGUGUGUGUUUUUUCUAGAGAAACAAUCACAACCAUGUUGGGUGUGUUUAGUAGCUCGAUACUGUCACCGCCGGACGAGCUGGUGGCGGCCGGAAGCCGUACACCGUCGCCGAAGACGACAUCUGCAGCUUUGAUGAAACGGUUCCUUGAGAGUAACGCAUCAGCUGUGUCUAUGCAGAUUGGAGAUGAUGCUCACUUGGCUUAUACUCACUCUAAGGAGUCUGCUGUAAACCCGAGAUCAUUCGCUGUCAAGGAUGAGAUAUUCUGCCUCUUUGAGGGUGCGCUUGACAAUUUGGGCAGCUUAAAGCAACAAUACGGGCUUGCUAAGUCCGCAAAUGAGGUGGUUUUGGUGAUUGAGGCUUACAAAGCUCUUCGUGAUCGAGCACCUUACCCUCCUAACCAUGUAGUUGGUCAUCUUGAUGGGAGUUUUGCCUUCAUUGUAUUUGACAAGUCCAACUCCACAUUGUUUGUGGCAGCUGAUCAAUCUGGUAAGGUUCCUCUGUAUUGGGGCAUAACUGCUGAUGGCCAUGUUGCAAUUGCUGAUGAUGCUGACUUGCUUAAAGGUUCUUGUGGCAAGUCACUUGCUUCUUUCCCUCAAGGGUGUUUCUUCUCGACAGAUGUAGGAGAGCUGAGGAGUUACGAAAAUCCUAAGAACAAGAUCACUGCUGUUCCAGCUACCGAGGAAGAAAUCUGGGGAGCUAAAUACAUGGUGGAAGGGCCAGCAUUUGUUGCAGCUACAGAGUAGAAGUUCCGAUUUCUUUCUGAAUAUCACAGACGCCAAAUCCGUUCCUGGAAAGAAAGAUGAGGGUGCGGGGUGGGGUGGGGGGUUGUAAAUAAAAAUGAAUAAGAUGUCGCAAGUUGUUAUCCUCUAGUACAAUCAUAGUAGUUUUGUGUAAAAGUUGCAGUAAGGUGUUAUGUUAUCUACUCUGUAGUCAAGUUCGUUUGUUAAAUUGCUUCCUUCUGAAGUUGCACUUAACUUUGUUCACCUCUUGAUCAUUAUGUAUGAUGUUUUUAACUUGCUAAGAA